UUCAUUUAUUUUUUUUUUUCAUGUUGUGCAGCUUGAGAAAACCAUAUUUGUAAGGUGUUCGACAAUAGGGCCGAGGAUAUUUUUGUUUCAUGUUGCUUACUCCAUUGAUACAACUGUGGAAGGAAGACAGAUUAUCUGCAAAUGCCACAAGGAUGAAACCGUUUCUGUAGAGACUGUCAUCCCAUUUGAAGUGUCUGUCAAGUUUGUUUCAACUAAGUUGGAGCCUCUGGAGCGUGUCUCAGUGGACAUCCCCUUCCUUCUCAUGACAGAUGUUGUCUCAUCCUCUCCGUGGCCGAUCUUGUUGGCUUCCUCUUCUUUGGAGCUUUUCAGUUUGACCAGUACAACCCCAGAUAUGAAGUCACAGUUGGAGCAAACGGUCCUGGAGACUGGGGAGGGUGCUAGUGAGUGCUUCUGCCUGUGUUGUCCACCUUUAACCAACAACAAUAACGCUGUGGCAACCGGACAGUACUCGAUAUCAUGGCGGAGGCAAUCAUCUUCUUCAGAUAGUCCACUCAUCCAGACAACAGUCACUCUACCUCACAUUCUUUUGGAGUCUGUUCCUCUUUAUAUUCAUGCAGAUCUGCCUUCAUUUGGGAGGGUCAGGGAGUCUCUUCCAGUUCGGUACCAUAUAGAAAACAGGACUGCUCUGGUACAGGAGGUGGAGAUGGCUGUGGAACCCUCUGAUGCCUUUAUGUUCUCUGGACUGAAACUGGUUCGCGUUCGGAUCCUUCCUGGUUCUGAGCAUCAAAUGUUGUAUAAUUUUUACCCACUGAUGGCUGGUUACCAAACAUUACCACAACUCAGUAUAAAUCUGCCCAGAUGCCCUACCACCACAACCCAGACACUGAGGCGCUUCCUGCCUCAUCGCAUUUUUGUCAAGCCUCAAGGCCGACAGCUUGAUGAUUCCUCUAUAGCAGCAGCAUGAGAAAAACGUGGGUAACUGUAAAUAUGAGAAUAAAGAAACGUUUUAUAGAUUAUACUGGACUGAUAAUUCCUUUAACAGUUCACAGAGGAUUUUAUUAACACUAGCUGUUUCAUAUUGUUCCAUACAAUAAACUAUUAAAACCUCUCCUGAUCAGGUGACACAAUUCCAUUCACUGCUUUGAUUGCAACGUGAGAUUUGUGAGAUUGACAUGAGAUGAAACUAUUAAAUGAAGUGAUGUUCUAAUGUCCAUUCCAUGAUAUAAAAUGGCUGUGAUUUAAACAUGUGAUGUAUGAAACUGAGUGUGAUGAGAGCUUGAUUAAACUGAAGUGUUCAACUUUA